AUGUCUUCCGAAACGCUGUCUCCUGCUGCACAGCGCGCCGCGGCCCGCCAGGCCAAGCUGCUCGCGAAGGGCAAGGAGCGCCUCGACAAGUUGACGGGUGCCGCAAAGAACGAGGGACGCGUCGUUUCGGACUCUGUCGGCGGCAUCGCUCCUCGACCUGCCAACGUCAACCCUCCUCCCCCAUCCACUCUCGCCGAUAUCAACCAGGACGACGACCCUGCCGAGGUGGAUCUCGCGUCGCAGUCACCCUUGGCGCUGUUUGAAGGAGGUGGACCCGCAGGAGCAGGCUUUUCAGGCGCAGGAGCACAGAACCCGUUCGCGCCAGGAGGAGCGGGAGGAGACGACAUGUUCUCGCAGAUGCUCUCGCAGAUGAUGGCUGGUGCAGGGGGACCUCAGGCAGGAGCAGGAGGAGCAGGCGCUGGACCGGCGGCGGGAGCAAAUCCGUUCAUGCAGGGCCCGCCAAUGUCGCCUUUCCCUCCUGCGCCGAAGACCUUCCUUGACCGCAUCUUCCCCGCCAUUCACCUUCUCGCCAUGGUCGGUCUGGCGGUGUACGUUGUCGCUGUGUACGAGCCAGCGAAGCGGUUGGCGGAGUACGGCUGGACGGGCGCGCAAGACGGCAUCGACUGGGCGUCCUGGGGCGCGCUCAUCAGCCGGAAACCUCGCGAGGCGGGCGUCGUGGCGGAUGCAAUCGGACUGAACGGUCUCGCAGAAGUUCCUCUCCUGUGGAUGUUCGUCAGUGUCGAGCUCGUUCUGCAGACGACGCGGCUCUUCCUCCUACGAAACCGUCCCGCCCCGCCCGGCAUCAUCAACUCGCUCCUCCCGAUGCUCUCCCAGUUCUCCCCUCAGCUCGCCGUCGCCAUUCAGACAGGUGUGCGCUACCUGGACAUCUUCUCGACGUUCCUGAACGACCUCGGCGUCCUCAUCUUCUGCAUCGGCAUCGUCACUCUCGUCGGCAGGUGGAAGACGGGCGAGCCGACCGGCAUCGUCGACGUGCUCGCCGACAAGACGAGCGAGAUGCUGGCGAGGGCAUCGGAGGAAUUGUAG